GAUGAGGUCACAGAACACAGCCAACAUCCUGGUGACCUCCCAAGAAAGCCCAGCAGCCACGUGGGCCGGGGCCAUCUGAAGGGGUCAGCACAACUCAAGCCAACUCUCACCCAACAACCAGACCAAGGAGAACCCGGGCUCGGCUCUCAAAUCAUGAAACGCCACUUCUCGGACCACAGGGGAGAGCAGUUGCCAGCUGAUGGGACCACCCUCAGCUUGACCACACCUGAGUCCACGCAGGAGAGCCUGGGAGUGUGCUGGCCAGGGAUCCUAAAGGACACCCACUCUCCCCCGCCAGGGCCCGCCAUUCCCCAUGACGAGGAUACCUGGUUUGCCUCCAGGGCCCGGCGAGUGCUGGGCUGGAGCAGCUCCCCAUCGUCGCAGUCCGCCUCCGAGUACCAGUCCUACUCGCAGUACAAGUCCUGCUGCUCCUGCAUGUGUGACGAGGAGGGGCCCCCGCAGAGCGUGUGCGCGCUCUACACCCACGUGCAGACCGUGCGCGGCGUGGCGGUCGCCUGGGAGACCGAGGAGGGCUUCGAGCCCAUCAGCAGGAAGCCCCGCAUCCGCGAGGCCGAGUUCAUCAAGAGGCAGAGGAGGAAAGGUUCGUCCUUCGAGAUGGCGUCCAACACCGACCUGCGCUGGGAGCUCGAAGCCUGUCAGGACGACUGCUGCUCGGAGCCCGAGGACCCGGAGCAGCUGCUGGAGUGCUCCCCGCAGGAGCUGCGGGCGCCGCCGGACUGGCUGGUCACCACAAACUACGGGCUGCGCUGCGUGGCCUGCUGCCGCGUCUUCCCCACGCUGGGGGAGCUGCUGGAGCACGCCCAGUAUGGCAUCCGCGAGGGCUUCAGCUGCCAGAUCUUCUUUGAAGAGAUGCUGGAGAGAAGGCGGGCCCGGGAGCGAGCCCAAGACCCGCAGCUGGAGGAGGAGGACGACGACGACGAGGAGGAGGAGGAGGAGGAGGAAGAACAGAGCCCUUCAGACACUAGCGAAUACCCGAGCCCAAAGGGCAAGGUGCUCCAGUCUCAAGAGCUGCAGCAGAAGCAGCAGUGAGCCCAAGGGGAGGCACCCACCCCCGCCCUCACCUCCACAACGUGGGGCUGCCCCUUUCCACCCCAAUAUAUUGAUGCAGGAUCCAUCCGGGCCACCAGGGCGGGAGGAGGGGACCACGCGGGGACGAUGUGAGGGCGGAAGAGCAAGAAGGGACGUCAGGCCUCCUUCCCAAGGGCCCGGAAUCCAACUCAAAACCUGAAUGCGAAGCAGAGGGCUUCAAGUGUCUUCGGGGGUGGGCGCAAGAUCUGAGCCUCCCCUCCCCCCAGCCAAGCACCGUGGGCACAGGGAUUUCUAUUUUUUGCCGAUGGAUCAAGCAGGCCCACACUUGAGCCAAGGAAGUUUCGGCCCUAUUUUUUUCACUUAGGAAUCCGUCAUAUGCCCCAAUUCUAUGUCUUAUAUUAUUGGGAUUAAACCUGAAUAACUCAAA